CGGUUACACUGAUGCUGCGUUCAAGACGACUCGGAUGUUUUCCGACCUCGUCCUUGCAAAGUGCAGUGGACGCCAACUGCAGUCGGAGUUCGAACUUGUGAACUCGGGAAAACUCACCUACCUCUAGUUCACGGAGCAGCAGUUGUCUGACGUCACACGACAUGAAGGCGCUCAUGGAGACGUAGGACCUGUAUCUGAGGCCAGAGCCUGUGCUUUGUGACUGUGCGCGUGCGCGUGCUCUCUCCCUCUCAUGUAUUGAUUGUGUUUCCAAGUUUGAUCUAUAUAAAUGUUUCGGUGUGGACGGAAGCUGCUCCGGUCACGUGACUCUCCUCACGCGACAAACAUUCCCACGGUCACACGUUUGUUUACCUUUGACGUCAUCACUGUGCGCUGGAACGUUUUCUGUAACGCAGCCGUUCGAGUCUGAUCACUUGUGUGACGUCACCUGUCGUCAACAUGGAGGCGACGUGUGCAGAGGAAGUGAAGACACGCAGGUCAGGGAACCUGAGGAGGCCCCUGAGCACAGCGCAGAGGUUCACGUGCACGGGCCCGUCCAUCAACACUGAGCAACACUGUGAGCUGCUGGGUUUCCUCCCUCAGAACUACCAGUACCAUGUGUGCAGGUACAGAGCUGUGAGCCAAUCAGAAGCCGACCACGUCAGCUUCGAGGCCACGGUGAGGAUGUCCCUGAGGUCGAAGGAGGAGAUCCAGGUGUGGCUCAGGUCCAUGGCGGUCACAUGGCGAGUGGCCCACACCCGGCCCACCAAAGGCCGCAGGAUCAUCUUCAAGGCGGACUACAGGUGUCAGUACAACACCAAACCCAGAGACAAACUGACGAGGGCGACUAAAAACACCGACUGUCCUGCCAAACUGAAAGUGACGCUGGUUCGUACUGAGGCGUCCAGAGGUCAACGCAGCAGAAACACGGAUCCUCACAUCCCAGAAUACCCCACGCUCGUCCACAUCAGCAACAUCCACAAUCACAGCGUCCGCAUGGCGAGUUCAGGAAUGACCACGACAGCCGCUGACGCACCACAAGAUGUUUUUGACAGGAAGGAGUGGAGCUCCAUGAUCGGCGAGUUUUCGGCCGUGGCUCAGAGCAGUGCCGGGUUUCAACGAGCAGCUGUAGCCAUGAUGAAGACCUUCCACGCGCUGAAGGGGAACCCCUCCAUGCUGCAGUCGGCCAUGCACAUGUUUGGCCACAAUGGCGCCAACGGCCUGGCAUCACGGACUCCCCCACGCAGUGGACCGCCCUCCUCUAUGUUCCCCCGAAAGGUCAAGCUCGAUGGGAGACGCAAACCCACUGCCAGGACACUGGACUCUCAAAGUUCAUCAUCGACAGUUGAUGUCUUCUGCAGCGAGCAAACAUAACAAACAUGUAACCCCCCCACCCUUCACCAACCCCCCCAUGGCUGGGAGCAUUCAGUGGAUGACCUCCAUCCACUCAUGAGCAGGAUGAACAGAUGAAACCACAUCUGGAUCAGGGGUCGGAUCCAAGAAUUUGAUCUUUCUGUAACGGCGUCGGCCCUCAUCACCAAAAGCUCUGGAAUCUCCUCGUCUUUCCAAGUUGACGUCUUCGUCUUCUACGCGUACGGCUCCUCUUCUUCAUCCUCAGACAUCUUCUAGAAUUUUUUUUUUAAGUUAUUACCUUAAAUUUUCUGACAAAAUGGAUUUUUAUAAACGUGUUUUUUAAAUUUUCUCAGCUGUUUGUUUCUUAACACUGAUUUUAUCUCGUUUGUGUAGUUUUUCCUAAAUAAAGUUUUUCAUGUUA